AGCAGCAGCAGCUGAUGAUGAAGAAGAGAGGGAAGGGGGAGACUGGGGGGACCUUUUAUUUAUAUUGUUAAAGGGACAGAGCACUAAUUCCACCUUGAAUUGGUUUGCGGGGGGGGUUAGCUCCGAGAAGAUUGAGUUUCUCCCCCACCCCCAGCCUAGCUAGAGGAUCCCAGAGAGACCUAGUGAGAGAAGGAGAGUUUCUUCCCCCGCUUUGGCCGUCAGACGAGAGAGAAAAGAGACCCAAAGCCUCUUAGCAACACGGCUCCGUCUCCUCUACUACUGUUACUGCUGCUGCUGCUGCUGCUGCUAUUUGGCCCUGGCUGAAGACACCUCACCACACACACACACACGAGCAGCAGCCACCAAUUCACCAGCUCCCCCCAUCCCCCUGCUCUCCCCUCCUCCCCCUUUAUUACCCUUUGUGUGUGUCUCUUUCUCCACUGCUCCAGGAAAGGAAAUAAAAGUGGGGUGCAGCCAAGGUUAUCAUGAAUACCAUAUAUUAUUGGAUUAAUUUAAUAACCGCUGAAGAUGAUACUUUUUGCAGACAAGACUUUUGAGAUCUGGGAUUUUAUAUAAUAAAGAAACAACUAGCAAGUGAUUAGUUUUUGGCAACGAAGUGUCACAAUGCUGAAAGAUAACUACCGCCAGAAGAGUACAAUUAACAGUGGAUAGAAAAUUCCAUUUGUUCUUCUAUUUUUAAAAGAUAAACUUAUUGUUACUAAACAUUACGGUUCCACUUCCCCAUUGGAGACUGGGGUGCAAUUUGGGGUCCUCCUUGACUUGCUGAUACUACUCAAAGACGAGAUGGCAGCUGUAGCCAGGCUUUCAUCCUGAAGUUGUAUCAUCAUGAGAGAAUCAGAAGAAGUGUCCAGGAAUACCUUGGACAAUGAAUGGAAGAGCAUGAGAAAACAAAAAGAAUGUGGCAUAUAAAAAGAAUUAAAUACCUGGAGGUAUUAGUUGCCAUACAUCUGUAAAAAUGGGAGUUAAUUUCUCAAAAUACAAAUUAGCUUAGACAGUUAGCAAGCUUGGAGUUAUGCUAUGGAACUAGGAAUAAACAUUUGUGUCCCUUUGUUGCCAGUGACAGAAAAUUGAUGGAUUAUGAUUUUCCCAAGUUGGAAAUACUUGUUUUUACCUAUUUAGGAUAUCCUUAUGACUACAUAAGGAAUAACACAUUUCAUAACUGCCUUGGUUCAGAAUGGGCAAUUGACUUGUCAACAACAGCAACAAAAAUGGUCGAUUUUAUGGACUGAGACAAAGCCUUCCAAUGCAUUUUGUACACCCUGGGAAUUACUGUGCUGUAUGGCCACCUCCUGAAGGCCAUGAUGAUUUCUAGAAUAAGGAUAUCUUCCUGUUGAUAUCUUUGAAGAAUCAUAAGCUUAAUCAGAAAAAUGAAUGGAAGCAAGGAAUGUGACAGUGGGGACAAGGAUGGAGGGCUGCCAGCAGUACAAGUCCCAGUUGGUUGGCAACGGAGGGUGGAUCAAAAUGGAGUCCUGUAUAUUAGUCCUAGUGGGUCUUUAUUGUCCUGUUUGGAGCAGGUUAAAACAUACCUGUUGACUGAUGGAACAUGCAAGUGUGGAUUAGAAUGUCCUCUCAUCCUUCCUAAGGUAUUUAAUUUUGAUCCUGGAGUUGCUGUAACACAAAGAACAGCAGAAGAUGUUAAAGCAGAUGAAGAUGUCACUAAGCUAUGCAUCCAUAAACGGAAAAUUAUUGCUGUGGCUACACUUCAUAAAAGCAUGGAAGCACCGCAUCCCUCAUUGGUUCUAACUAGUCCUGGUGGUGGAACAAGUGUAAGUCCAAUAGUACCUUCACGAGCGGCAACUCCAAGAUCGGUGAGGAAUAAAUCACAUGAAGGAAUUACUAAUUCUGUGAUGCCAGAAUGUAAAACUCCUUUCAAGUUGAUGAUGGGAGCCUCAAAUGCCAUGGGUAGGUUAUAUGUGCAAGAGAUGACUGCAAGCCAACAAGAACUUCAUUCUGUCUAUCCUAGACAGAGAUUGGGCAAUAAUGAACAUGGGCAGAAGUCGCCGUAUCGUGGCAGUCAUGGAGGAAUGCCCAGUCCAGCUUCAUCAGGCUCACAAAUAUAUGGAGAUGGUUCAAUCUCACCUAGGACAGAUCCACUUGGAAGUCCAGAUAUUUUCACAAGGAAUAAUUCCAAUUUUCAUGGAGCACCCAAUUCUAGUCCUGUUCACAUGAACAGAACCCCUCUCUCCCCGCCCUCAGUAAUGUUACAUGGUUCUCCUGUGCAGUCAUCUUGUGCAAUGGCUGGAAGAACUAAUAUACCUCUUUCUCCAACUCUGACCACCAAAAGUCCAGUAAUGAAAAAAACCAUGUGUAAUUUUUCAGCUAAUAUAGAAAUGUCACGAGCAGUGUUUCACCACAAACCACCUCAAGGCCCACCGCCGCCACCACUACCACCACCACCACCACCUUCUUCAUGUACGCUUCAGAAAAAGCCAUUAACAUCAGAGAAGGAUCCACUUGGCAUUCUUGACCCCAUUCCCAGCAAGCCCAUGAAUCAAAAUCCUGUUAUAAUUAAUCCAAGUACUUACCAUUCAAAUGUCCACUCUCAGGUACCUGUGAUGAAUGUAAGCAUGCCUCCAGCUGUUGUUCCUUUACCAAGUAAUCUCCCUUUGCCAACUGUAAAACCUGGUCACACAAACCAUGGAAGCCACAUGCAAAGAGUUCAGCAUUCUGCUUCAACUUCUCUCUCACCCUCACCAGUAACAUCACCAGUUCAUAUGAUGGGAUCUGGAAUUGGAAGGAUUGAGGCUUCACCCCAAAGAUCACGCUCUUCUUCCACAUCAUCAGAUCAUGGAAAUUUCAUGAUACCAGUAGGACCACAGUCAUCUUGUACUAAUAUUAAAGUUCCCCCUCGAUCACCAAGAUCAACAAUAGGAUCUCCUAGACCAUCUAUGCCAUCAAGCCCUUCUAUGAAGAUAGACGGAUUCCACCAAUAUAAGGACAUUCCUAACUCAUUGAUUGCUGGAAUGAGUAAUGUAUUAAAUCCUUUGGGCAAUGCAGCUUUUCCACCUGCACCUACUGGAAGUGGGUCCAUGAAAAGUCAACCUGGCUUGCUGGGAAUGCCUUUAAAUCAGAUCUUGAAUCAGCACAAUGCUGCCUCUUUUCCAGCUAGUAGUUUACUCUCAGCAGCAGCCAAAGCACAGCUAGCAAAUCAAAAUAAACUUGCUGGUAACAAUAAUAAUAGCAGUAGCAAUUCUGGAAUAGUUGCCAGCAGUAGCAGCAGUGAUGGACAUAGCACUUUAAACACCAUGUUUCCACCUACUGCCAAUAUGCUUCUACCAACUAAUGAAGGGCAGAGUGGUCGAGCAGCACUACGAGAUAAACUUAUGUCUCAACAAAAAGAUCCUUUGAGGAAAAGGAAACCCCCAACCACUACAGUGUUGAGUUUGCUUAGGCAGUCUCAGUUGGACAGCUCUGGAGUUCCAAAAUCUGGGCCUGAUUUGAUAAGAAAGCAGAACCAAGGUUCAUUUCCCAUUACAUCUAUGUCUCAGUUACUUCAGUCCAUGAGCUGUCAAAAUUCUCAUAUGAGCAGCAAUAGUUCUUCUAGUUGUGGGAGCUCAAAUACUGUUUUGCCUUGCUCUGCUAACCAACUACAUUUUACAGACACUACUAUGACCUCUAGCACUCUUCAGAAUUCACUGGCACAGGAUUUACCUUUAAGAGGGGAAAGUAUGCACUGCCCGAAUUCAAACACUAAUUUUGGCCAUUGCACUAGUCCUGGCCCAAAUAACCAUCUUGCAGGCUUAAUAAAUCAGAUGCAGUCUACUGGAAAUUGUGGGGUGCUCAGUCAGUCUGGAAUGACUUUAGGAAAUUCAUUACAUCUGAACCCAGCUCAGCCACGAAUCCAAGCACCUUCCACAAAAGUGAUACCAAACAGCAUUGUGAACAGUUGCAAUCAAACAAGUCCUGAAUCAGGAAGGACAGGUCCACCAUCAUCUACAGCUGUGGCUGGUACCUGUCAACCUGGCAUCACCAAGACAACAUCUGUUCUUCAAGAUGGUGUCAUUGUCACAACUGCAGCUGGAACUCCACUACAUAGCCAACUCCCUCUUGGGAAUGACUUUCCUUUUGUUGGUCAUGAGCACACCCUGCAUUUUCCACAGAACAGCGCUUCAAACAACAGUCUUCCGCACUCUUUGAAUCCUAACCUCUUUAGUUCGCUACCUAUCUCUUUGCCAGUGAAUCAGCAACACCUCCUAAACCAGAAUCUAUUAAAUAUACUUCAGCCUUCAACAGGAGAAGGCAAGUCUGAGGUCAACCUCAAUCCUUUAGGUUUUCUCAACCCAAAUGUAAAUGCUGCUUUAGCUUUGCUCUCCAGUGAAGUGGAUGGGCAGGUGCUGCAACCUGUUCAUUUUCAGCUGCUAGCAGCUCUUCUUCAGAACCAAGCCCAAACAUCUGCCAUGUUCCCUUUAGCAUCUUUCAAUCUAUCCAUCUCAGAUUUGUUACAGCAACAGCAAAACAAUUCUGUGCCCUCAGUAACACAGAUGACAGCCCCACUACCAGAUCAAUUGCUUAGCAGUCAGUCAGAUACCAACAGAGCUGAGACCCUGUUAACCAACCCCCUGGGAAACUCUUUCCCAAGCUUUUCAAGCACAGGCACUGCUUCAAAUCCCCUGCUCCUCCCAGCUGUCACUGGGGCCUCAGGAUUCAUGACCUUGAAUCCCCAGCUGUUGGGAGGUGUUCUGAACUCUACAUCGGGCAGCACUGCUAAUCAUCCAGAGGUUUCCAUAGCAAUCUCUUCCCAGGCUACCACUGGCACAGCCACUACAUCAUCAGCAGUGGCAGCACUGUCUGUCUCAACCCUUGGUGGGACAGCAGUGGUGUCAAUGGCAGAAACAUUGCUGAGCAUAUCUAAUAAUGCUGGGAAUACAUCUGGUCCAGCUAAACUCAACAAUAACUCUGUGGUGCCACAGCUACUUAACCCUCUACUGGGGACAGGUCUACUUGGUGAUGUGUCCUCGAUAAACACUACUCUUAAUAACCAUCAGCUAACUCAUCUACAGUCAUUGUUCAGCAACAAUCAAAUGUUUCCAUCCAAUCAGCAACAGCAGCUUCUCCAAGGUUAUCAGAAUCUCCAAGGUUUCCAAGGACAGCCUCCCAUUCCUGGGCCUCCUAACAACCCAAAUCCUAUGGCUUGUCUGUUCCAGAAUUUUCAGGUGAGAAUGCAGGAAGAGACUGCUUUUCUGAACAAGAGAAUUAUCUCUCAAAUAGGGAUGCCACCAGUCCCUGAAAGCUCCAGUGCAGCAAUUCCUUCUUUUCAAGAUACUGUAUGCAAUUUACAACAAAGGACAGAACCAUCUGUAGGACAACAGGCAAAGGACAUCAGCUUAACUGCCCAGAGUGAUGGUUCAGUUGAUGCCAUCUACAAAGCAGUGGUAGAUGCUGCAGGCAAGGGGAUGCAAGUAGUCAUCACUACCGCAGUUAACAGUACAACACAAAUGAGCCCUAUUCCAGCUCUGAGUGCCAUGAGUGCCUUUACAGCCUCAAUUGGUGAUCCAUUAAAUCUUUCCAGUGCUGUCAGUGCAGUAAUACAUGGAAGAAAUAUUGGCAUUUCUGAUCAUGAAGAUAGGGCAAGGAAUACUAGGGGGACGCGAUUAUUGAAGAAUUCAGAACACCUUAAAAAUUCCAGUGAUGGGGAUAGUUUGGAAUAUUACAAACCAACAGGUUGCAACACACCCAAAAAACAGUGGGAAGGGGAACAAAGCCCUGGAGGGGAAAUGAAUCGAUGGAAAUGUGAGGAGGUUUUAGAUCAUUCAUCCCAUAUCCUCAGCAGUCCUUGCCAUGAAAGAUCCAACAAUAUUUCCACAUUGCCAUUAGGCCAAGGCAAGCAACAUCCAGUAUUAUUACCCCAGCGAAAUUGUCACAGCGAUAAGAUGUUGGAGGAGAACUUCAGAUAUAGCAAUUACAAAAGAACUAUGAUGAGUUUUAAAGAGAGACUAGAGAACACUGUGGAACGAUGUGCACACAUAAAUGGAAACAGGCCUCAACAGAGCAGAGGGUUUGGAGAGCUGCUGAAUCCUUCUAAGCAAGACCUAGGAGUGGAAGAACAGUCUCCAAGUUCCUCCAAUAGUUUUGAAAGUUCUCUGAUUAAAGACUACAUCCAUUAUAAUGGAGACUUUAAUGCCAAAAGCAUUAAUGGGUGUGUGCCUAGUCCUUCAGAUGCUAAAAGCAUUAGUAGCGAAGAUGACCUAAGGAAUCCUGAUUCCCCUUCUUCAAAUGAGUUGAUACAUUACAGACCAAGGACGUUUAACGUUGGGGACUUGGUCUGGAGCCAAAUUAAAGGACUGUCUUCUUGGCCUGGUAAAUUAGUGAGAGAAGAUGACGUUCACAACUCAUGUCAACAAAACACUGAAGAUGGGAAGGUGGAGCCUGACAGAUUGAAAACACUAACAGAAGGUCUGGAAGCCUACAACCAUGUUCGAAAGCGGAAUAGAAAAAGUGGGAAGCUAAAUAACCAUUUAGAAGCUGCUAUCCAUGAGGCCAUGAGUGAACUUGACAAAAUGUCUGGGAAUGUGCAUCAGAUUCCACAGGGAGACAGACAGUUGAAGCCUCCAAAACCCAAGAGGAGGAAGAUCUCUAGAUAACAUUGAAUGUCUUUGUUACUGAUCUGGCUCUAACAUAGUCAAACAUGCACAUAGUUUUCAUAUAUAUAUAUAUAUAUAUAUAUUUAU